AUGAGCAUCGGAUCUGGCCGACCUUUUUUACUGCAAAAAAACGAUGAAGAUUAUCUUGUUCAACUUCUACUUGAUUUAGAAAAAACUGGCUUUCAUUUAACAAAAAAGGAAGUAAUAAAAAUCGCUCAUGAUUAUGUUCAAACACUCAAGAAAAAAACACAAACGUUGGGACGCCAUUGGUUUCAAAACUUCAUGUUCCGUAAUAAAAAUAAAAUAAAAUUUAUCAAAGAACAAAAGUUGGAGCGCAGUCGAAAAGAUGGAUUUACUGAAACAGUUCGCACUGGAUGGUUCGAAACUGUCUUUAAUGUUUUACAAGAACACAAUUUAUUUGAUAAACCAGCUCAAAUUUAUAAUGUUGAUGAAUGUGGUUUCAACGAUGAUACUCAACGAGAAUUAGUACUGGUUCCAUCCGACACAAAAGUUAAAUAUGAAGAAAACGGCGGCACAGGAAAAUCAUUUACUACAGCAAUAAUAGGUGUUAAUGCUAAAGGAGAUAUUUUGCCACCACUUACAGUUUAUGCCGCGAAAAGUGUUAAUCAUCAAUGGACUGAAGGUGGUCCUCCUCGUUCAACUUAUCAAUGCUCGCAAAAUGGUUGGAUUAAUGAUGAUAUUUUUGGUUUUUGGUUUUUAAAUGUCUUCGUGGUUGAAACAAUUUCAUUGGCACGUCCUGUUUUGCUGGUAUUAGAUGGUCAUCAAUGUCAAUUUACUAUUCAAGUUAUAGAAGCGGCUAAACAAAAUAAUAUUAUAAUUUUAUGUCUACCUCCACACUGUACUCAUGGCUUGCAGCCAUUGGAUCUGGUCACCUUCGGAGAAGUUGUUUUAUUUUAG